CUGUCCCUCACGGGCAACACAACACCUUCCAACCUUCUCCAACUCCAAAAACCAAAUCUAUUUCAAGAGAGGGAGAAAAAGAUUGAUUCUCUAAUGUAGAAAUAGUCCCAUCUAUGCCGGCCUUUCACUUCCAAAACAAGACAGGAUCCUCUCAUACAUUUCUGAGUAUAUGUACAUUGGAGCCCUUUAGCUUUCUUUGUCCAUUACCCUUCAGGCUUUAGCUUCCUUUGACGUUAAAUUAUGAAAGACGUUUCAAAAAACAAGUUUAUGCUAUGUUUCCGACCAGUUGUCAACGUGGAUGAAGUAGUGCCCGGUUCCAAAGCUGAUGAUAAGUGCUCCAACGAUCAGCCUUUAGCAUGUGUUGGCGUUGAUAAGGGAAAGAAUGUGAAGGAGCAUUUGAAGUCCAAUUCAUUGAUUUUGGAUUAUAGAUUCUCAAAAUGCUCAGGGAAUUCAUUGAUAAUUCAUUCUGCAAGAAAGACAUCCUUCUUCCAAUCAUUCAAAUCUAUCUUUUUUCUUUAUUCACUGCCCAAACGGGUUCGUGAUGGAAAAGGUUUGACCCCAGAUUCUGACGGCUCAAAACUUGAUUCCUCUUCGUCGAAAAGCACAAAAUCUUUGGAAACAAGUGACGGUGACUCGGUUGACAUGAAUAAUGCCCAAGUGAUGAAAACGAAGUUGGUGUCUUCUUGUACUUCAUCUUCAUCAAAAUUUUCACGCGGAGCUUGUUUAACUUCAACAUCAGAACCAAAUAAUCUCUUAACAUCUUUAUCAAAAACGACGGAUAAUUCAAGGUCAAACAAAGAACGUAAAUCCAGGUCAAAAACCAAGGGGAGCUUCGUGAUAUAUCUGAUGCUUUUUAGCCUGGCAGUGACUGUUUUCUGGGGAAAGGUCUGUGCAAUACUUUUCACAUCGAUUUCGUUAUAUAUUAUGCAAUAUGUUUCGGACAAUAUUAGACCAUCAGAAAAUGCCACAAGUUUGCCAAAGAGAAGAGAGUGUAAAGAGUACAAGAAAAGGAUCAUAAUGGAAGGGCUGCUUGAAAGGAACCGCCGCCAUGUACCAGAGUCACAGAGGCGGAUAGUUAAAUUUCUGACAUGAAUAUUCUUUUGUUAUCUGCUAAACCAACCAAAUGACGAAGUUUUAGCAGAGCAGAAUACACAAAUCACACCAUUUGCUUGUAAUGUUGCCUUUGGCCAAAUUGUAUCCAAACAUUAAUUUGAACAGGACAUCAAGACGAUCAAUACAUUUUAAGAAUUCUUCUUAUACACAACCUACCAUAAACCCAAAGAAAAGAAAUGAA